UAGGGUAAGGGCUUGUGAGGGAUGGGGUCAGUUCGUGUAGCGCUGCUAGAUAUCGAUGAGAUAGUCAAGAGGCGGCGAUGCGGUGUUGAGAAGGAGAAAUGGAGCAUCAAAGGAAUGGGCCUCGAGGACGUUUACCUUAACAGCCAGAAGGAGCCAAGAACAUUUCUGGAGCGCUACUUAUCCAAAGUCAGGGAGUACAGCGGUGUUGAGCAGCAAGGUAAGGGAGUGUCCAAGAGGGGCGAGAUCAUCGCUGUCAUCUCCAGCGUCUCGCUGUAUUCUCACGUAGAUCCGUUGGAUGAGGCACUCGGUGCAACGGACUGGCCUUAUGUCUGCUACGGACUUCUGUUUCGGUGUGGGUAUUACAUGCACUUCUACAGGUGGGAACGAUUCGCAGACGGGAGCGUGGAGAAGCUGGGCUGCGACAGCAUGUACAACUGCAACAACCAAUAUCUGUGUAGCACGAUUGGGCCAGCCAUCUGUGGCAUGUUCAAGCAAACUGGAAAUUCCGCCGUCAAGAUCAUCGAUGUUGGUACCGCUGCUGAACCAGUUGAGCGCGACUGGAGCUUGUAUCCGGGGCUCGUUCCGGGGGUCAAAGCAUUGGGAUCGCGGCAGCCCAAGGUGGCAAACGCUUUGGAAGAAAAGGAGCGGGAUGAGCCAGCCACUCGCAGGGUGGUGGAAGAAGUGGUGAAGGGAUAUUUUGAGAAGCUCCAGCAGGAUUUGACUGAGAUAAAAAUGCUCUUGUCCUCUGUCUCUUCUAAGGUUUAACGAUUUAGAAAUUUAAUAAUAUUCUGUGCAAGUUAUCCAUUGGAA